CAGAGUAUUCAGUAAUGCUUUGCAUGGCCAACCAGUCGCUAGUGGGCUUGUCGGUGAGAGUCGUGUCGUUCACUCGAAGUGAUCGUGUGGUGUUACCCGACGAGCUAGUCAGGCGGUAUUCUGUAACGCGAGGUACAAGCAAACGGCGACGAAUCAAUCCGCUAUUGUGAGUGUAUUUCGUGAGACUGUGAAAGAGAAAACGAACAAAGCGUUUCACGGAGCGUACACGGACGGUGGAGCUUCGAUUUCACGUACUGUUUCUUCACUGAAAACAAAAAACCAUUGCGCUACACUGUGUAUGGUACACGAGCGAUCCAAGAUGCUGUCGUCAGUGCCAGCGAAAUAAUAAUGUGGUGCGACGUUGGUCAGAGUUGUGCAAUGAUGGGUCUGCAGGCCACGGCAGGAAAACGUAAACUGGAGGGAGGUGUGGGCUGCAUGGAGUUCGACAUGGACAUGGGCGAAAGCCCAUCGAAGUUAGGCCGGGUGGAGGGUAGCUGGUGGGCGAUGGAAGACAGUUAUACGCCCCCGUUGAGUCAAACGUCGGCAUCUUAUUAUGAUAUGGAAGUAAAUUCCCCCUGCCUGCAGACAAAUCCUUGUCAGCCGACAUCGACAAGUCCUCAACAGCAGCAGCAGCAGCAGCAGCAGCAGCAGCAGCAACAACAACAACAACAACAGCAGCAGCAGCAGCAGCAGCAGCAGCAACAGCAGCAGCAGCAGCAGCAGCAGCAACAACAACAACAACAGCAACAGCAGCAGCAGCAACAACAACAACAGCAGCAGCAGCAGUCAUCGACGCCAACAUCAGCGCCACCGUCGUCCACGGUAGCGCACUUGCAUCAUCAUCCGCAACAUUAUUAUCAUCACCAACGCGGACCGAGCAGUCCGGUCGGUAACAACGGUUACAGUCAGCUAUCGAGGCCUCAACCGCAAUGGGGAGCACCUCACCAUUACGAACCGCCAACGAUACGGCGGGAAGAAAAUGGGAAAAGUUAUCUGGAGCUUGGCUCGAGUUACCGGGCGAACGAGAGGUGCUGCGAAGGCUCGAGGUCGAGUUGGUGCCGACGAGGUAGAGCCUGUUACAGACAAAGGCGAUUGGCCGUUCUGAAUAUCUCUAUGUGCAAACUGGCGAGGUAUCGUCAGUUUCCAGAUCCCAGCCUUCAUCGAUCGGUUCUCAUCUGCAAUACAUUGAGGCACUUGGAACGCGAAAUGGAGAGGGACAGAAGUCCACCGCCUAUGGAGCCGGUUAUACCGGCCCCGAUUGCUCAACUUCAACCUCCUGAGCAGGGUAGGUUAACUCCAUUCCCGAUGCCGCCAACGUCUUCGAACGAAACCGACGCCGAUUCUGGUAUCGGUGACAGCGACGAUAGUCGUUCGAUCAACUGGGGGAGCGUGUUAUCUCUCUCGAGUCAGUCGCCUUUGGAUCCACUGAAUAACAACGAGUUACUAGACGUAGAUAUUGGUCCGGACCUAGACCUAGAUUUCAUGCCUGGAUGGAAGUUGACACCCCUGUCUGCAGACGAUAUUCUAAGGAGUACGACGGCACAGGAGCAACAACAUCAGCAACACCAACAACACCAUCAGCAUCAACAACAGCACCUAACGUCAGCUAGUGGUAGCUGUGCCAGCAGCAACGUAGGCGGUGUCUGCGUCAGUACUGGCAGUACCAGCAGUACGCACGAGUCGUUAAUGUGUGUUGGAUCAUAGCCCCCGAUUUUGACAUCGUUGAGUCAUCUCAUCGAUUUUUAUCCGCUAAUGCCGCAAAGCAAAUAAAGCGCAUCACCUUGAUUCGUAGGGCCGGGAUGCAGAGACGAUCGCGACGUGUAGUCGCCCCCUCUCGAGUGCGCAACGCCUGGUCGGCGAUUCAACACGGGAGGUCUUCUUUUUCUUAUUCGUUACCGUUUCUGUCAAUUACGCACCGAUCGAUUACCCACCAUGGCUCUACUCCCUGAGGGAGAGGGGUACGCGUCGGGUACGCUGGUACUCGCAGGUGCAGUCGAUGCACGGGAUUCGUGGGACAUUGGAAAACGAUUUCGAAUUGAAAGAAAAAAGCAAAUAAAGAGGUGAUUACAAUUUUCAUACCGUACGAGUACCCGAGCUCGCGUUGUUUCAAAGAUAUCUGUUGAUAAUAUAAUAUGUUACGUUUCGUAAUUUCAUCUAAUGUAAUUAUUCGAUUUUAUCAAACGUAUUAGAAUUUAUUUUUAACUGUUUAUGUUUUUUGCAUAUUGUAUAUUUGUAUUAUUCGUUUGAAAAACAUUCAAAGAUUUAUAUUUUUUAUUUAACGCGCAACAUGAGUUCUGGUACUCCUUCGGAUCAUCAACGACCACCUCGAGCGAACAGAAGCAUAUUACAUCGAAACGAUCUGUUUUUGCAGCUGCACCUGCGAAUUCAGCGGCACACGUAUGAGUUCCCGAGUCGCUCGAAAUGUCGCCACCGGCACGUCAGACAGGGAGAGAGAGAGAGAGAGAGAGAGAGAAUGAAAGCGAGAGAGCGAAAGAGCGAAAGGGAGAAAGAGAGAAAGUAAAAAGUCUCAGAGCUUUCAACGUUCACGCCCCCGAGCCGGCGAUACGGUAGACGAGUACAGAAUGUAGCCUACUACUCUUCAAGUUUUUCCAAACAACAACGAAAAUGAAAAUUUCUGAUUUACGUGCUAUAUUAGAGGAGAAAAGCGCCAUCGUUCCUUCUGGCUUUCAUUCGCGAAUCACAUAGUGUAUCGAAUAGACGAAUGGUAUCGCUUGCCUAGCCGGCUGGCGUUGAGAACUCUUCGGCGAUGUCUCGACGUUGUUCGCCACAACUAAUCGAAAUGUGGGAGUUUCCAUCGAUCGAUGUUUUCCCUGUGGAUUAGAAAGACACUAACCAGGCGAUGAUCAAUUAAUACCAUACGCUUUUCACACAUUCAUGGUUCACACUUACCACACAUAAGACGUAACCGCCGUGGCCUAUAUUAUAUACAUACAUACGUACACAGAAAAACAGACACACACGCCGACUAUACGUACACACGAAUACAUCUACACAUUUCGUACAUAAAAAAGUCGAUAUGGUGCUAGGACGAUUACACCCUGGUGCUUAAGUCUGUAUACACAGAGCCAUGCGCGUAAAUUCGCACGGAUUGCCCGCAGUCUUCGUCGAGGAGUCUAGAUACGUCCUGACAUCGUGAACAAGAGACGCUGCUGAUCGAACAUAUUUCCAUCGAGGUGUUCGUUACCGAAGAGUUAAGAGCAUGCUCGUUCCUGGAUACUAAAAAUGAAUUUAAACAAGUUAGCGGAUGGAAAUACGUUCGAAGAAAUGCACUCGGUGUUCUGGCCCACGAUGCUAACAAAUGUACCUGUAUUUUAGAGAUCGGGAUAACGUCGAUCCCUUCGGAUCGUCGCACGUCGGCCAUUCUGCGCAACUGAUCUCUCGUUAAAUGUACUAUAUACUGUUGUACCGUGGAGUCCUCCGCAGGAUAUAGUCAACGCAAAGUACAAAUGACACAACACAAUUACAACACUUUUUUAGAGUCUCUACGAAAAGAAAGGCAACCGUCCUGAACAUCUAUCAGGGAGAGCCCUCCGUUCGUUUCUUCAUUUCUUUCGAAAGACUAUGGGCAGCUUUAAUCAGAGUUUCAACGCUGUCCAUCUCUUCCAAUUAAACUUCAGUCUUUGGCGGCUAUCUUAAGUACUUGACCACUAACCUUAACUACGACAAAUUCCCCUUCCUAUUGACAAAUUCUUUUCCCUUUAUUUCUCUUUUCGUGAUUUCUUUAAUUUCAAUUCUGAGUUAUUUGGCAUCAACCACAUAGUAAAGACGGUUCUUGUGCCUUUGAGGGCGCCAGCUGUACAGUUCUCCUCUUCUACCAACAUGGCGGUCCAGUACCAUGGCACCCUGUUAGUUACAAAAAUAUAGUUAGACCAAUGCACAGGGACGUUUAAAAGUUUUCAAGAUUACUUUGAUCACUUGUAAACGAGCUAAGGUCCACCCUCACCUUGUUUUUACGAGGAUGGUUGGAAGGGAGAACCCUUUCAAUUUACACCAACACAUGACUCACCGUAAAACUUGUCCCCAAGAAGACAGAGAUGUUUCACCGUUGCUUUAUUGUCAAAAAUGUCCGCAACUAACAAUAAGUUUUAGUAUGCACCAAACUCCGUCCCUUAUCACAUUGGUACCAAACCGUUUUUUUAUUCAUUUUCAAAACUACACUAAACUAAGGCCUACACUCUAGACUAAAUCCUGUCGUAUUUACGAUACUACAGUGUUGUAUAAAAUAGAAUGGCCGACGUGCAGAGAACGAAGGCGAUCGUUUACUCGGAGACUGUAACGGAGAGAUAGUUCAAACUCGACGAGACCCACUUCGCGAAGAGGAAACGGCGAUCCGCGCGCGAUCUCGUCCUCAACGUCCACUAACCGAACCCAACAGAGCAGCUAUACUUAAAUGGAGGUUAAGCGUUUAAAGCAAAUCUAACGAAGCGAUAUAAUAAUUUAUAAAUUGACUGAUUACUUAUGCGAGAAAACAAGUGAAUACCUACCGGUAAUAUAACACAUAUAGGUGCAUGAACGAAGCGUUUUUUGGUUAAAAAAACAUCGUUGUUUUCUUGCAUGGUAUACCAACGAAAGAGCGUGAACGCGAAAAAGCACAUGGAACGCACGAGGCAUCCUCAACGCACGUUAGAUUGUUUAAAAAAUAAUUCGUCCAUCGCGUUGACGCGUCUCGCGCCUUCCGUUUUGUUCUUCGCGGUCGCAACGCUACCUCAUUCGGUUCCAAGUUCGCGACACGAAAGGCGACCUCGCUUGUGUUUCUUCCGAUGCACGCCAGCUCGUUGAACAAUCUCGAACGAACACGAUAAAAAAUAGCAACGAUCGGCGCAUAUGCUGUAUCUGUCUAGUGUAUCGAAGCGCGUCGAUACAAAAAAAGAAAAAGAAUAGGGUGUGUAAGUGAAGGUGGAAGAAAAAUACUCAUGUACGCUCGAUGGCGAAUCGAUCGAGUCGUUUAUCAAAGUGGAAUUACCAAGUAUUGCGAAUAAGGUGUGACGACACACACACACACGCGCGCGCGCGCGCGUUCCCUCGAGGGGAAUGAAACCUUGAGGGUUUAGAAAAAUAAUUUCGUACUUUUUACACGGACGUACCUUAGCCGCGUUAAAACGCAUUUCGUAUAAAGUAGGGUACCGGACGCGUAGUACCUGGCAAAUUGGGAUACGGAGAUGGCGAGUAGAGGAGAAAUGGCGCGAGUUCGUCGAGGAUCGCGUGAUGCUGCUUGAGAUCUCGACCGUGCGAGAAAACGACACGAAGAUAAAAAUCAGGCGUGUGCUUCGACAUCGUCGCGCCGUCGCGCGACAUUAAUUAAUUAUAUUCGAAAUGAAAGGGUGUGUAACGAACACUUCGGGGACUACGAUGUAAGAAGCAAAAAAAAAAAAAAAAAAUUGGAAGGAUACCUUGUAAA